AUGCCGACCUCCACACUCGCCUCCCACAUGCCUACCUCCACACUCGCCUCCCCACAUGCCGACCUCCACCUCGCCUUCCAUCACAUGCCGACCUACACUCGCCUUCCAUCACAUGCCUACCCCACACUCGCCUUCCAUCACGACCUCCACACUCGCCUUCCAUCACAUGCCGACCUCCACACUCGCCUUCCAUCACAUGCCGACUCCACACCUCGCCUCCACAUGCCUACCUCCACACUCGCCUUCCAUCACAUGUCGACCUCCACACUCGCCUCCCCACAUGCCUACCACACUCGCCUUCCAUCACAUGCCGACCUCCACACUUGCCUUCCAUCACAUGCCGACCUCCACAUCGCCUUCCAUCACAUGCCGACCUCCCACACUCGCCUCCCCCACAUGCCUACCUCUCCACACUGCCUUCCAUCACGCCGACCUCACACCCCUGCCUUCCAUCACAUGCCGACCUCCACACUCGGCCUUCCAUCACAUGCCGACCUCCACACUCGCCUUCCAUCACAUGUCGACCUCCACACUCGCCUUCCAUCACAUGCCGACCUCCACACUCGCCUUCCAUCACAUGUCGACUCUCCACACAUGCCGACCUCCACACAUGCCGACCUCCACACAUGCUGA